CAAAUGUGUUGUCGUUAGCUUACACCGCCGUGUGCUUGUUUGCUGUCGAACGGAGAGGAGGAAAAUUAUGACAGGGCGCGGAAAACGAAAAACUAAAUCUACUCCCCAGGAGUCAGAUUCUGCCGACGGGGAGUUGAAGAAAGCCCGGCCGGAGGAGCCGGCAGCAGGACCGACUACUGCUGAGGUGCCGGCCCGACUGAGGGAGGAGGUGGAGAGACUCUAUAAGCUGAGGAUGCCCGAAGACUUCUAUCUCUUCUGGGACUUCUGCUCUUGGCUCAGCCCCGACAACCCCCGUGACGCACUGAAGGAAAUCCUGGGUUUGAGCUUGGUUGGCCCGUUUGACAUCCUGGCGGAGGCCCACCGUAGCUCGGCCAAUCCCCAGCCCAACUACCACCUACACUGGAGGUACUUCUACGACCCUCCGGAGUACCAGACCGUACUGCAAGGGACUGGAGACAGCCUGCUACACAUGGGUUACUACAGAGAUAGUCCGGACUCCCUGCCUGUGUUCCUAGGGGAGAAUGAAGCCAAGAAGGGCUGUACCAUCACGCAGAUGGGGGACAACAUGUUUGCUGCUGUCCAUCUGUUUCUGGGUAGGAAGAGGAAGGAGAGGGGCGGGCGUAAGGAAGGGGGCAGGGCUCUGGAUAACCUGGGGGAGGAGUUAAGACAGAGGGCGGAGUCUCUGGGCUUCUCCCUGGAGCAGAAGACCAAAGGCAUGAAGCAGAGAGACAAGAAGGUUGUAACCAAGACGUUCCAUGGAGCAGGCCUGGUGGUGCCUGUUGAUCAGAAUGAUGUUGGUUACCGGGAGCUGCCAGAAACAGACGCGAGUCUGAAGAGGCUGUGUAAGGCUAUAGCGGAGGCCAGGUGUGAUGAAGACAGGAUGAAGGCUUUUGGCCCGCUGCAGGAGAUGAUGACCUUUGUUCAGUUCGCUAACGACGAGUGUGACUACGGCAUGGGACUGGAGCUGGGCAUAGACCUCUUCUGCUACGGAUCACACUACUUCUAUAAGGUGAUCAGACAACUGCUGCCCAUGGCCUACAGCCUGCUGAAGAGGGGCCUGUUCGGAGAGAUCCUGGAGGCUCACCUCUCCAGCCGCUCCCACGACAACCUGGACCAACUCACCUCAGCCUGAAGAAAACCACGGGAGAGAAGAAGAAGAGGGAUGGAUUGUUGUCAGCUUUGACCACCUGUGUGUUUUUUUAUUAGUCUUGUUGUGGUUUUGGUGCUGCUGUCGUUGAAUGGUACCAGUGGUCUCUCUCUGUGUGUGCAUAUGUGGAAUAAAGGAUUAUAUUUCUAAAA